AUGCUCAGAAGCCCAGGCACGUUGCGGCAUGUGCUCCUACGGCGUCUAGCGACCUCUUCAUUACCCCAUAUAUUGCCAGUAGCUUCAAAAGACAUCAAGCUAGUGCUACAAAAAAGUAUAGCUCGUUCCGAGCCUUCACGGGCGCUAGCGGCCUUUGACAAGUUGCAACAAGAAAGUGUGAUACAAGACCCACAACUACUGCAGCAAUUAGCGCUGCUUGUAUCCAAACGUGGACAGCCACAUGAGACACCCAAGGCAGUACAGAUACUACAGCAAUUACUGACCAAUCGGAGCUUUCAAACGGACGAUACAACGCAAGUAGCGGCCAUUUACACGCUGGACGCGUGUCUCCAGCAGCGUCGACUAAAGGACGCUCUUCUGCUGUUUCAAGCAGUUCAAGAGAAGGACAUUCUGGUGGACCUUUUAGUAGUGGACGCUCUAUUGAAAAUGCUUGUGGAUGCACAUCAAGUGGACGAAGCUGUGGACAUUUUAAAGAAUGUCAUGAAACAACAUGAUGUACGACCGACAGAGGAAACGUUUGGGACGAUUUUAAUUGCAAUGAUGCAUCAAGAAAGAUACGAAGAUGUAGUGGAACUGAUUGACUUUGGCCGAGUAAAUCAAGUGGACUUUUCUCCAAAGACGUACGAUCCAUUAGUGGAUCUGUCACAGGAGCAGCAUACGGAAGAAAACGCCGAGAGGCUUGACAAGUUUAUGGAUUAUGUGAACAAUGCACUGAUUACGGACGGGUACUGGGAAGGAGAUGGUGACGAUGACGGAGACGAUAUUGAGUUUGAAGAUGAUGACGACGAGUUUGACGACGAGUUUGACGACGAGUUUGACGACGAGUUUGAUGACAAGUUUGAUUAA